AGAAAAAGGAGAGCAGCCGGACCGACUCGCAUCCUCCCUCACCGCAGAGCCCGCAGCCAGUGCCGGCCCCGGCACCAGGAUGCAGUGCCACAAGUUUUGGGUGUCGUGUACGGUUGGAUUCUAUGUAUGGACAGCCAUUCUCUUCAAAGGGUCCCUGCAAGGCGAGUACCAGAGAAGACUUUACAAGGAGCUGCUGGCGAACUACAACCGCCUGGAAAGGCCAGUGGUCAAUGACUCAGCCGCCAUCCUGGUGGAGCUCGGCUUCACGCUUCUGCAGAUCAUUGAUGUGGACGAGAAGAACCAAGUGCUGAUGACGAAUGCCUGGCUGCAGCUGUAUUGGACUGACGUCUACCUGAGUUGGAACCCUGAAACCUACCCCGGUGUCCAGAACCUUCGAUUCCCUUCCGACCAAAUCUGGACUCCUGACAUCCUUCUCUACAACAGUGCGGACGAACGCUUUGACGCCACCUUCCACACCAACGUGCUGGUGAACGCUUCUGGUUACUGCCAGUACAUCCCACCUGGCAUCUUGAAGAGCACUUGCUACAUCGACGUGCGCUGGUUCCCCUUUGAUGUGCAGAAGUGCGACUUGAAGUUUGGCUCCUGGACUCACAAUGGCUGGCUGCUGGACCUCCAAAUGCUGGAUGUGGACACGUCCACCUACAUACCCAACGGGGAGUGGGAUCUCGUAGGUGUCCCAGCCAAGCGCAACGAGCUGUACUACGAAUGUUGCAAGGAGCCCUACCCAGACGUCACCUUCACGGUCACCAUGCGCCGCAGAACCCUCUACUACGGUCUCAACCUGCUCAUCCCCUGCGUGCUGAUCUCCGGCUUGGCCCUGUUGGUUUUUCUGCUGCCCGCCGACUCGGGAGAAAAGAUCUCGCUCGGAAUCACCGUGCUGCUUUCUCUCACCGUCUUCAUGCUCCUGGUGGCUGAGAUCAUGCCUGCAACAUCCGACUCUGUUCCUCUCAUCGCUCAGUACUUUGCCAGCACCAUGAUGAUCGUGGGGAUGUCGGUGGUGGUGACCGUUAUCGUCCUGCAGUUUCAUCACCAUGACCCUCAGGGAGGCAAGAUGCCCAAGUGGGUGCGGGUGGUGCUGUUAAACUGGUGCGCUUGGUUCCUGCGCAUGAAGCAACCCGGCGACGAACGCCGCCGCCCCGCCUACAAAUACCGCCCUACGUCCCAACACCGCUCCAGCACCAACUCCAUCGAAAUGGCCGCCGUUCCCAGCCUCUCCGUGCCGCUCUCGCAGACUUCCUGCCCGCCCUGCGCCUCGGGCACCUCCAACGGUUCCAUGAGUCUCUAUUUCGCCAGCUACCACCCCAUGGAGAGUCCGCACUGCCCACCUUCGAGCGACUCGGGCGUGGCGCUGGGGGGCCGCGCUCACAGCUCCCCCGGUGACGAGGGUGCCGGGCCGCCCAGUGUCUGCGACGGGGCUUUGGGACUGGGGGUCAGGAUGCCGCCGCCGGAGAUCCAGCACAUCUUGGAGGAGGUGACCUACAUCGCUCAGCGCUUCCGGGACCAGGACCAGGCGGAGGCCGUCAGCAGUGAGUGGAAGUUUGCAGCAGCGGUGGUGGACCGCCUGUGUCUCGUCGCCUUCUCGCUCUUCUCCAUCAUUUGCACCUUCACCAUCCUCAUGUCGGCGCCCAACUUCAUAGAGGCCGUGUCCAAGGACUUCACAUAGUUGUGUUUAUUCCUCUUGGUAAGAUUAUUGUUCCGUGUAAAUAUCAUUACGCUCAAACCAAAUACAUUUGUACCAACGUACCAAAUCUUCACGUACUAAACAUAUCUUCAUAUUCUUAGUUUACACUGCACAACAAAUCCCCCCCCCCCCCACCCCCCAAGCGACACUGAUCAGAUUUUGUUUUGUCAGUCCAAACACUCCAAAGUGCUUCAAAUCUGGUCUUUUCUCAUCAGAUUUGGUCCACAUCAGGACGUAUUCUAAAUCCCAUUGGAAUCUGAACUUUUCAAAUGUGACUUCAGUUUAAAAUGGGAGCGUCCAAACCUUUUUUCCUGGGGACCGCAUUGGGAUAAAUAAUUUG